CGGAAGUAUCAUACUUCCGCUGUCUUCUUAUGAGUUGGAGUGUGGAGAUUGGAAGAAUACAGUAUAGAGUACUUAUCGUGCAGUGGGUUUUGCAAAGUUGUUAACUGAUGUGCAGUUGGCGUUUUGUUUCUUGACUUGCUGCUAAAACUUAUAGAUUUUUUACUCUGAGCUGAAAUGAGCCUUCAGUGGACAGCAGUUGCCACUUUUCUGUACUUUGAAGUAUUUGUUGUACUUCUACUUUGCAUUCCUUUUAUUUCCCCAAAAAGAUGGCAGAAGGUUUUCAGGUCUCGGUUGGUGCAGGCCAUCAUGACGUAUGGCAAUACUUACUUUGUGGUACUAAUUGUGAUCCUUGUGUUCUUGCUGUUUGAUAUGUUGAGCAGAGUUGAGAGGUAUUCCCCAGGAGACCAAAUAAAUUUGAAAAACUCUGCCAUGGGAGUACCCCACCUGCAUAUCCGUCUAUUUCGCCUUAGUAGAAAUUUGCUGUUGAGUAAAUUUAGUUUGCUUGUGUGUGUUUUACUGCGACGUUUAGUCACCUUAGUUUCUCAACAGGCUACAGUGCUUGCAUCCAAUGAGGCAUUUAAGAAGCAAGCAGAGGGUGCUAGUGAUGCUGCCAAAAGGUACAUGGAAGAAAAUGAAAAACUAAGACAGAGAAUUAAGUCUAUGCAUGUGCAGAUCUGUUAUAAUUUAGCCAGUCUACAUAAAACUCUUCUGAAGUCUGAGAAUGAAGUGACUGCCAUUAAGAAGCAAGCAGAAGGACUGACCAAGGAAUAUGACCGUCUGAUGGCAGAGCAUGCUGCCCUUCAGGUACUGUAUAUUGAGGCAUCUGUUUAA